AGUUAUGCAUUAUAACCAUCUGAAGAAUUCUGUCAGAGUUUCAAGUAGACCAAGUCCCAUUCUUCUCUAUUAAUUCCUUCCUGAAUUAAUUAGUGCCUAACCUCACAGAAAUAAACAUGGAUGAGGACAACUCCAUGAACAUCAAUUGCAGAAUCAACAACAAUGGCUAUGAAAAAGACAGAUUAAGCUCCCUCCCAAACUCCCUUUUGAUUGAAAUUCUGUCUCUUCUUCCUCUCAAUUCUGCUGCUGCUACCUCUGUAUUGUCCCGGCGGUGGGUCCCACUUUGGACCCAACUUCCUCAACUUAGUAUAGAAGAUGGCUACACCCAAGAAAACUUCCAAAAAUUCAUCACCACCACCAACCACAUCCUCCAACAGUUUACAACCCCACAUAUCCAGUCCUUCAAUCUUCGUUUCUAUCACCAGAAUUUGGAGCUUGACCAAUUCCAUGUUUGCUCUGCGUCUUUGAAUUCAUGGAUCCCUCUAAUUUGCUCUCGAAAUCCAGCAAAUUUCGAGGUAAGCUUUGACUUUUCGCGGUUUUGUAGGCAAUUCAUUCCUCUACCAACUUGUAUUUUUAAAACCAAUUCACUCGUAAACCUCAAAUUGAGUGGAUUCUUUUACUGCUGCUUGCCUGAAACUGGUGUUGUUAAUCUUCCUAAUUUGAAAAAGCUUAGUCUAAAUGGCCUUGAUUUCGACCCUCAAGUAUUGAGAACAUUGUUUAAGUCUUGCCCACUAUUGGAGACUCUGUUCUUGAAAUUAAGGUUGAUGGAAGAUGAGUUAAUAGAUAUAUCAACUCCUAAUCUGAAAUCUUUGACAAUUUUAAUGCGUGGAUCAUCGUAUCGGAGCACAUUUUUGAUUGAUGCUCCCUUGUUGGAAGAAAUUGAGGUUCAAGAUUGUCUUGCAUUAUAUCACUUUGUCAAGAUUCCAUGUAAUUUGCAAAAGUCAUCGAUUGGGUGUUGGUCUUCUAAGUCAGAGGAUUCCAUUUUCACAAAAGAAAGUGACUAUAUGAGCAAUACAACAAAUCUUCUAAAAGGGAUUUCGAAUGUUAAUUGUAUUCAAUUAGUGAAUAAUGUUGCAAUUUUCAAUACCUUUAAUCAAAUGGAUGCAAAUGUCUGGUCACUCUUUCAUAAUCUGAUCCAUCUUCGACUGGGUUUAUCCGAAGAACAUGUGAAUUGGGGUGCCAGAAUUCCUUCAUGUUUGUUAUCCAAACUCAAGAAGAUAGACUUAUUGGUGAUGAAAGGGGAUGAUAAUGAUGUAAAUUCGAUUAAGUAUAUUCUAAGUAAUGCAGAUGUUUUGGAGAAGCUUUACAUUUCUCGUUUUGCUAGCUCAGGCAAACACGGGAAGAGUCAAUUAUGGAAGGAGUAUAAGUUUUGUGGUAAUUUGUUCUUAUUUACAAGAAGCUCUUUAAUUUGCAAGAUUGAGUUUGAUGGUGCUUAUAUUCAUGCAUCAAGUUGUGGGUCCCAAAAUGUAUCAGGGAACUCUGAAAUUGAUUGGUUGAGAUCUCAAAUGUGGCCUGCUUCUGAAGAGGAUGACUAAUAGACUAUCAUCAUGGUAAUUUCAAUAUAGCAAGAAAUACUGACUAGUGACUAACUUUCUAUGUAUGCAUCUGUUUGCUAAUCCUGAAUUUCCCAUUAGUUUCUGUAUUUAUUCUCUUAAUCACCAAGAGGUUGUUAAGACUUCGUAAUAUAUGACCGAAUUUCAAGAUCGAAAAUGAUAAAGGUCGCAA